AUGGCGUCAAUACCACGGGGGGAGCCAAGGGAGCGGGGCCUGCCGUGUGAUUCCUUGCAGAGGCUGGCGGUUACUAGCGCAAUAGAGCAGACCCUUCUCAAAAGGGAUCCUACAGACGAUCUUCUCCAGCAGAAGGGUGAAGCCCAGCUACGGGACUGUCCUCUUUUUGUUUCGUGGAAUAGCCUUUUUGCUUUAUGGUCUGUCUUAAUUCCGUGCGCCGUUGCGUUUCUCUUUGAGGGCGCUAUGGGGUUUUUGGAAUACACGGGUGUCAUGGCAUUUGGGCAGUUGGAUGGCGCAUAUGCCUUUGCCACGUAUGUGCCCCUGCUUAAGGUGCUCUUCCAAUCUGUUGAGCUUGCUCUGAUGGCUGCAGCGGCAAACCUUUUAGUCUAUAGCUUCCUCCGGAAGUUUACUGGUCCCGCACAGAUGGUUUUCCACUAUUCCAUUUACUUCGCGAUUGGGUGGGCUCUACUACUCGGCCCCCUACUUGGGCUGUUUUCGAAACGCAUAAGCAGCAACUUAGAUAAAGACCUCUCUUCCUUUCGUCCCGAUCAUUCCAUUUAUUUAUUUCUAAUUAGCAUUGCAGAUCCACUAACAAGUCUAUUUUCAAUCUUUGUUUCGCAGUUCUUAAUUCUUGAGAAUAGAAUUAUUUUGAAUGCCUCUAGGCACAUUUUCUUAAUGUCUUUUGCAGAAGUCUUCCAGAUCAUGUCGUACUUCUACAUCCAGGCCUUCAACAAUAAUCAGCAAUAUCUCUACGACACCCACGUUAUCCAGGACCCGAAGGAUAUCAAGUACAUUUCUCCGCUUACUGGGACAGCCGUGGGGUCCCUUCUUUCUCAGUUUAUCAUUUCUGUCUGGAUUAUCUUCUUGUUUACCGAUGUUACCAUCUUCGGGAUCUCACAUGAAGGCGUUCUACGAUUUAACUGUUGCACGAGGCAUCGCACAGCCUCGUCCAGAGCUUUGGAAGACAGGCCGCAGCCAAAACCGGCACAGAUUCUCAGGAAAAUGUUCUUAUUUUUCCCGCAAAACUACCUCACUUAUUCAUAUAUUCCACUCAGCAUAUUGCUCAUCAAUUGUGUAAUGAACGCCACCUACGACAAGGAGAACCACCAGAAGAUUCUCUACAACAGGCUGGCGAAUUUAAUUUACAUGCGAUCAUACUCUAUAUUUAGUGCCGUUCCCGUUGCGAUUGCCCUCUCGUUUCGCGUAGUGAGUAUGCACACCCUUCGGAGUGGCCUUUAUCUUAAAACCAAGCGUCUGUUCAUAAUAUCCUUGCUCCAUACCAUUAUUAUUCCUCCUCUUCUUUGUAUUUUUGGGAUGCUCUUCGCCAGACCCAUGAUCACAAUGUUGACACCAAAAAUGGGAAUGCUGUGGGGAGAGACCGCGUCCAAGGAGAUGGUGCUCAUGUUUCCUACGCUGCAAAAGGCUUUUACGGCUGCUGCGCUCUCGCCUAUUAUUACUGGGCCAUACCAUCUCAUCCUCAUAAUAUGUGAGCUGGAAGAAAAGUGGCUUCCUUCACUGCUCCUCUCUCUAGGGCGAACUGUCGUCUGCAUAGUUUCCAUUCUGUGCUAUGGCUUCAUCCUUGGAGACAGCGUGGAUUUUCUUCCAUCAGUUUUCUUUGGCGACAUCUUUGCUAGUAUAGUGGGUGUUCUGUACGCUGUCUACUACUGGAGUAAGUACACACACCUUGCGUCCAUUGAGCAGGCACGUGCACAGCUAGAGUCCCUUGACGAGCAACUUAAUAGGCACAUUAAAGAAGAACACUCAUGCAGCGAAAGCGGUGAAAGCAAAAGUGAUAGCAGCAAGGGGGUAUCAGCUCGCGGCAACAAUAGAUAUGGUCGCGCGAAUGUCGACUAUGGCAGCGCUUUUGAUACUAGCAGCAACAUGACAGGCGAAACCAAGGAGAUUGAUGAUUAG